CCAGAAGGCAACUCGUGGUAGGUGAAGCGAGUCGGAGUCUGCACUACCUGCCCUAUCUCUCUCUCUCUCUCUCUCUCUCUCUCUCUCUCUCUCUAUCUAUCUAUCUAUCUCUCCCUCUCUCUGUCCCUCCCUCAUUCAGCUUCAGUCAGAAAGGAGUCCUGCAUCGCCUCUCUCAUCCCGUCACCGUUUAUCUCUUCGGGGUUUAAACUUUCCUCGAAAGACACGGAUCUUUUCAGCAUAUACGAAAUACACAAAACAGCUAUUUUUUGUUUGUUUUUGUUUUUUCCCCUCUUAACUCAAAAAAAGACUCAUUGUCGCUCGUGAGAGGUGCGGGAAGCGUCUCUGUGCGCGCCACAACGGACAGCAAAAAAAAAAAAAAAAAACGUGCCCGGUGCGUCCAGCCUGGUCCUCCGCCGCUGCGCCCGGGAGGCGGACCGAAACCGGCCGUGGACUCUGCGUGAUGCCACUAACAGACUCGGGAGACUGAUUCCUCGACGCUAGGAGAGAGGACAUGGACAUACUGACGCACUGUAGCCAGCGAUGAACAACAAAGGAGGAUGUUGCUAUAAAUAAAAGCAGAAAGAAAGAAAGACGGCACAAACGGCCAGGGCGCACAUUAAACGGAUGCAGAGAUGAGGAGUCAAAGACAUGACAGAUAUUUCCAGACCUGCUGACUCAAAUCAGAAGAGGACCGGGGCGCCCAGAGUGCCAAAAUCUAAGACUAAAAAGCACAAGUCAAAUGUUGGAAGCUUUGAGUCUGGAGGAAGUGUUUCCAAAGCACAUGUGAAGACACUCAGGCAGCUUCGUCCUCAAAGAUCACACCACAUGAAGAUCAAAACAGCUUCAGCAAGGGCAGAUGGACGGUGCUAAUACCUCGCUCUGGAGGUGUGGAGUGACAGAUGACAGAGGGAUUGAUACAGCGGGAGAGAAAUCGAAAGAGAGAGGCGACAUCGGAAAGAGUCCCCAUUGCCGGUAACAGAAAACAGCCGGAGAGGUCAAGCACAUCGAUCGGGAGACAAGGAGAAUUCAACCUGUUCACCAGCUGAAAGAGGACAAACCUCCUGGACAAAAGCCUUGGACACGACUAACCACAACAGCAAGAUAUAACUCCAAAUGCACAAACUGAUUGAUACCCAUUGAGACCGACUGGUAGUGAUUGGGUGGACGGGUGGGGCGGCCAGCAGCCAUGGAUAUAAGUGAUCUAAUUUCCAUCUCUGAAUUAGUAACCCUUAAAGCCUCUGUUCCAUCAGGGGGUAGAUGUGGCUGAACACCAAAGGGCCGAUUUGGACAUUUUGGCUCAGCACAUAACUUGAGGACACUUUGCCAAUGACUUGCUGGCAGGAACUGGGAUAUGAAAACCACAGAAAACAAUUUGAGACUGUUUGCAGCUAGCGAAACUUUAUUACAGUACAAUAAAAACUUGAGAAUACUUGCUACUCCCUAUCCCCUGUUCCCAGUUCCCUGUCAUCCCCUAUCCCCAAAAUUUAUCCUACCUUGAUUGCCCCCUUCCAUGAAAUCACAUUUUUAAAUUCUCCUUCCAUGCUGAGUGCAAUCUCCUUUGCCCCCUCCUUCUUCCAUCUGCUGUUGAAGAAGGUUAAUUAAAACAGAGGGAUUCUGUCCUUAUCUAGCCUGAAAAAGUGUAACCAUCUCUCUGGAAUGGGUGGCCCAGCGAGAUCCCUUCUUGGUGGGUUUGGCACCACCACCUCCUCCCUGGAGGUUGGGGGUCAGAUGGCUUGGCCAAGCAACAACCCUCUGGACCUUAACCAAACCCUGCCAUGGGGAAUAGGACUUGGAGGCAGCAGCGGAAGCAUAGGAGCAGCGGCAGCCAUGAGUUUAGGUCUGGACAAUUCUACUACUUCCCAGGAGUCUGUCUCCAGGGCUGUGAUCAAAGAGAAAAACUGGCCCGCGCUCCUCAUACUCGUCAUCAUUGCGCUGACGGUUGGCGGCAACAUUCUGGUGAUCCUGGCGGUGUCGCUGGAGAAGAAGCUCCAGAAUGCCACCAACUUCUUCCUGAGGUCACUGGCCGUGGCGGACAUGCUCGUAGGCAUCCUGGUCAUGCCGAUCUCCCUCAUCAACAUUCUCUAUGACUACGCCUGGCCUCUCCCCAACGCCCUGUGUCCAAUCUGGAUCUACCUGGAUGUGCUGUUCUCCACCGCCUCCAUCAUGCACCUGUGCGCCAUUUCUCUGGACCGGUACGUCGCCAUCCGUAACCCCAUAGAGCACAGCCGCUUCAACUCCAGAACCAAAGCCAUGAUGAAGAUCGCUGCCGUCUGGACCAUAUCGAUAGGCGUUUCAAUGCCUAUUCCAGUGAUUGGUCUCCACAAUGAGCAAAAGGUUUUCGUCAAUGACACCUGUGUCCUCAAUGAGGAGCGCUUCAUGCUGAUUGGCUCCUUUGUGGCCUUUUUCAUCCCGCUGGUCAUCAUGGUGGUGACUUACUGCCUCACCAUUCAGGUUCUUCAGAGGCAGGCCACAGUCUUCCUGUGCGAAGCAAAGACUUCCUCCCAGCAGCCUUUGCGCACACCAGCAAUGAGAAAUACAUUGCAGCCACCGUCAAGCACCUUCCACCUCCCUCAGAUCAAUACACUCGCUCCUCCAGACUCACAAGCAGAGGUACAGCCCCUUCCUGUUCAGAGCAGACGAAACACCCUGAGCUGCCUGAAAGGUGCUGAGCCCAGCAUUCUGCUCAGCGCCUCCACAUCGGAGAGCAUAAGCAUCAUUCCCAGCUCGGAGGUGGCAUCACAACUCAGCUCGCCGGCCGCUGGGCCGGGAAGGAACGACGCCUCAAGUUGCCACGGGCGACGGGGGAUGAUGCAGGCCAUAAAAAAUGAGAGGCGGGCCUCAAAGGUCCUGGGAAUCGUCUUCUUCCUCUUCCUCAUCAUGUGGUGUCCCUUCUUCAUCACCAACGUCACCUUUGUGUUGUGUGGUAGCUCCUGCAACGAGACGCUGCUUCACGACCUCCUCAACAUCUUCGUCUGGGUGGGUUACAUCUCCUCUGGGGUCAACCCUCUGGUCUACACCCUCUUCAAUAAGACCUACAGGAGGGCGUUCUCUAGCUACAUCAGGUGUCAGUAUAAAGUCGGGCCCAAGGCAGCUGGACAGGGUUGCAAAACCCUCCUGGUCCCACCGCCGUGCCCGUCGCACACCGUGACGCCUCUUCUGACGGGCACUCACGGGAAAGCGGGGGUGGACCGCAACAGUAACUGUCGCAAUGGUGGCAGGGGAGAUAACGGGAGGCUGGCGGUGGACCCAGAGGACACGACAGAUGACGGGACACAAAUCGGAAUAGUGUCGCAGAGCCUCUCCGAGUUCCACAACGUCGGCAUGCUUUCCGAAACGGAUCCGGAGACAGAGGUGGAGCCGGAGCUGUCACUCAUCAGCUACAGCCCUGACCCCAGAGAACACACGAGCAGCGUCUGACUGCUUUUACGUCUUCUUUUUUCGACCUGCAGACGCUGGGCCGAGCUUGGAGGCCGCAGCCCUUUCACUGGUAGUGAGGACGCUUACUACGAAAGUCUUGUGUGCGGAGUCUUUUGUCCACGCGCACGUGUACUACUUAACGGAAGCAAACCCCGAAGAGUGAACCUCAAGGGAGACGAAGUAGGGUUUUCCACUCUUGUUUUGGAAUGAAAACCAAUGUUUCCACUGUGUUUGUUUUCUAUUUAGCUCCAAAAUGUUGGUUUUCAUACCUUAAAUGGAAAACGAAGGCCUUUUUCUACAUUUCUAAUGUGGUAUGCUUCAUGGGGUCCAAGGUAUCGCCUAGGAUCCGUACAGGGACAAAGCGAAAAGGUCAACGAAGAGCUAAUUCUGUUCAACUGUCAGCCUGGUAUGAAGUCAAGAGGCCCUUCACAGAGUCCCACUGAUGCAGGUGACAGGACCGAGCACCGAGCACCAAGUCAGUUCGGUCGUCACGGAGUCAAAACGCAGUAGUUCAACCUCUGGAUUCACGCAGACUCUCUCCACACCAAACUAAACCAAAUAUAUUUUUGUGCCACUUGAGCUCGACGUCAAGAAAUCUGUCCAAACCCUCAUCUGCCAUGUGUAAUCAGACUCCUGGCAGAUGCAGUGUUCCUCCGGAGCAAACUUUCUUGGAACUGCAGUCAAAGUUGGUCUGAGAUGAAGGCAUGUACAACGGCUGCUGGUCUCUGGUGGACUCACAGUGCCACCUGGUGGCCGCAUGACACAGAAAGUCCAUCCUCCCCAUCAUCUGGAUUGAAGGAGGGGAUAAAAAUAAAUAUAUAAUAAAAAAAACUAUCAGGCUGUCAGGCUCCUGCUUUGGUUGUAAAACUGCUUCUUUGGAAAGAAAUCAGUUCACAACUACAAGUUUUUUUUUUUUUUCAAUUAUCAAGUAAAUCUAAACAUGAGAUUCAUUUGAAUGUUUUAAUGGAGUGCACAAGUGAUGUCAUCUUUAAGUAUAUUGGUUUGCUUCACAUCAGUCAUGAUAACCUUCCUUUUCCUUCAUGCAAGUAAAAUUUAAAACAUGUACAUGAUAAAAGCAGUGAGGACAUAUCAACCUGCGCGUAUGGUCAAAUAAAUUUUUACAUUCCCUUCUAAUAUUCCACUUGAAUCAUUCAUUCAUUUCAGUUUAAUUGUAAAAUUCUAAUUGAGAUCAGUCUGAUAAGAUGACUUAAAAAUAACCAGCAGUUAAUAAAUGAGAAUUUGUGUCCUCUUUAAAAAGUCCUUCGUCCACGUCUAAUCAGAUUAUGUGUCAAGGUAUUCAGAUCAUCUGUUUGAUAUUCCCUGCAUCUCUGACGGAGACACCCUUGAAAAGAAAAGAACGUCAAGGACGGUUAUUAGAUCACUGUCUCCAAAAAUCCCUCCGUCAGCUGAAACGUGCCUCAAGCACAGAGAGCCAGGCUAGACAAAAAGAAAUAAUCAGAUAAUCGGAGCAUUACUGUUACAGUUUUAUGGAGAGAAGAUUGGCUCGUCUGUCUGCCUCACACCGCACCCUGAGCCAGCAUACCCCUUUAGAUUCCAAGUGUCUCGCAAGACGGACAGAAAGUCGAUACGUUAAGAGGCAAACCUCUCACGAUCGAGACCUCCCACCUUCAGAGCUCUGUCACUCUGGCUCUCCAUCCCUCCUCAGACAUUUUAUCGACAUCUGACAGGCACAGUAAUUCCUCCACACCGCAUCUCCAUUGCCUGCCUCGUGAAGAGUUUACCUUUUCUUAUGAACAGAUUAGACAAGAGCGUCACCUUAAACGUGUUUGUUCAGAGUAAUACGGCUAAUUGGUUGAGUUGUCAAACUAUAUAAAUAUAAAGAAACUACUUUAAUGAGAUCACUUAACGGGGAACUCUGGUGGGUUUUACACUUUUGGCUGAGUCUACGAAUGAUUUCAGUGGCUCUGAAGGAACUUUCUAAAUUGAAAACCUGAAAGCCAAUGAAGGCCAAUAGGAGGGAGUUGUUUUGUGUGAAAUGUAAUGUUUUCUUUUUCUUUGAUCCAUUUUUCACUACUCUGCUGCUUCCGUUUGUGUCAGACUAAUCAAACAGUCUCUUUUAAGCCUUUAAAAAAAAAAAUCAUACCAAGAAACGAACAAUCAUUCAAAUCAGAACUUCAGAAGCACAGACUUGUGGGUUACAACCAUAGACAGAUAUAAAGAUGGACGACAGAGCAGCCCCUCAAAGGCGAAGCCAAAGCAAGUAGAGCUCCCCCUGGUGGUUGGCUGCAGUACAGGUCAUAAGCUCCAUCCACUCCAUGUUAGUGGAUGGGACUAAAACACUAAAAUACACAUCAAAUAUUUUUUUUCAAGGAUGGUUCCUGUCAUUUUAGGCAGUUACUGCUGAUGCAUACUUAUACAUUUCUUUUUAGUUAGUUAUUUGACGCCAUAAGUAGGAGACUAUGAGAGUAGGAAAAUAAAAUGAAAUAAAUGAAAUAAUAAGUACAGCUUAUAUUCCUGCAUUUCUUUGUAACUUGUGGAGGUAGAUCAGAGCACAUAUCCCUGGGUAAAUAGCAUCAGUUUGGUCAGUGUAAGGAAGUGGGGACGUUUUGGCCAUAUUUAUAUACAGUCUAUGGUUUAGACCUUUUUAAUACCUACAGUGCCCCUUUUCAAGGUCAAAGAAAACAAACGUCAUAGUCUGCAGUGGAACAACCGAACCUGGAGCCUGAGGCCUGCGGCCACCUCUACAUACAAUCAGAAUGAAAUGUGACAGCUCUCUUCCUCCUGAUUCCGUGCUUCUCUCUAUAAUUUAUCCACCGUUUGUAUGCUACAGACUCACACAGUGGCCACUUGCACCACUUACAUGGUCUUACAUGAGCUAACGUUGGCAAGCUUGAAGAGUUUGAAGAGUCUUUCAAAAGGUCCUCUCUGCCUCACUUAGAUUCUCUUUAAUACUCGGAAGAAAGAACAAAACAGCAAACAGCAUGCAAAUCCUGUGGGCAUUUCACCUUUAUCAUCAGCCAAUACCAGGGCACAACAGAAACAGAGGAGAAGAGAGGACUCUCUGAAUCUCCAGUGUUUAAUUGGUCCAGAUGUGGUCGAGCAAAGAGCUAGGCCAGGCCAGCCAACUCAGUAUGUCACAUUGUAAUAACUGUAUGUUCCCUGUGUACCAGUGUGUGUGUGUGUGUGUGUGUGUGUGUGUGUGUGUGUACUCGGCUCGGCUCAAAUUACUACCUGAGAUUGAUUCAGUAACUUUUCUGGGUUAUUAUCGAUUGGGCAGUGGAUUGAACAUGAAUGUCCCCUUGUUCCUGUCCUGUUCCUUCCUCACGGUCCAGAUGGAUGAAAGCAAUCACUUUGAAAAGGUGUCUGGAAAGAUUUUGACUUACAAUUGGAUCCAAGUCUGGUGUGUGUAGACAUAGCUGGAGCCGUUUGUUGACAGAGGUCAUUCUGAAUGCAUGUGAGAGUUGAUCAUUUGGGCUUUUUACUUCUUCAGAAUAACAUUUCACUUAAAGGAAAAUGGUCCCAGAAUGCAUUAGCACAAAUUUGAACAUCAGAAAGUAAAGUUUAGUUUUGCGAUGAACAUUUGGCAUCAUGAUAAAUGUUCUAUCUUGCUUAGAGUUGCAAUAUAAGUUAAAUAACUCACACUGUGUCCUCUUGUCCUCAAAAACAAGGGAGAGUUAGCUUAGCUUAGCAUAAACACACUGAAGCAGAGAAAAACGAACUAGCAUGGUUCUGUACAGAGUAAAGCCUACAAACACAUGAGCACAUUAUUGAUCACUUGAUAAACCACCAACUUUUUUAAUGAAUUAAGCAAUCUAGAGAGUCAAGCUAACUGUUAGCCUCUGCUUCCUGUGUGUAUGCUAAGCUAAGCGAAGCUAACCUCCUGCUCGGUUAGGUGAGUGCAUUUUCUAAAUCAUCAUCAUGGCUGCCUCCAAAGCUAACAGAAUUAGAAGCAAAUUGCAACACUGAUCAGCAGGAAUUUUCAUAUUAGUUCCUAACAGCUGUGCAAAUGCGGAUCUGCUCAUUUCUGGGAGUAGAAAAACAGCCAGCUGAUCAAACCAGCGUUUGAAAUGCUAAACAAAGGCAGAUUCCUUGUUUUCAGCGUUGUAAACAUGAAUCCAUCUUAGUCAACCUUCUUCAACGCAAAAAGUUUUCCUUCUUCUGUUACAUAUCUGUCAGAUUCAAUGCUUCAUGACGGCAGAGCCUCUUUGGCAAUAAGGUUUUAUUGUGACAUAAACAGUUAAGUUGGAAUCUAUAAACAGGCUGAUUUCAGUCAGGUUGAAGAAAUAUUGUCCAUCAAAGCAAAUCCAAAGAUGAUUUUGUUUUAGUGCUUCCUCUCUCUUCUUUUCAAAUCUAAAGUCCUGGUCCGUCAACAAGCUGACAUUUUAAUUCUGGCUUUCCUUUCCUUCCAAACGCUUUAUAUUGCAUUUAACUUCCCAACUCUGUUAUCUUCUGACUCUGUCAGUGAACGGCUCUGAGAAUAGGCAGGUUGUCCUAGGGUCUGCAUCGAAUGUCCUCCCUCUGACCCGUAUGUGACCGGGUCAGAGGGAUCCUAGUGACCCAAUGUCCCGCCGCCCAUGGGUUACAGAAACCUUUUUCUGUGUUGAUCCAUCUGUUCUGUUUCGCAAGUUUUUUUAAAAAAUUUUAUUUUAUACGAUUUUACUUGUGAAUGUUCGUCUAUGACACAUCUUCUUGAGUUUAUACCGAUGAUCGACAUCCACACAAUGUAUAUUUUAGUUUUUAUUUUCUGUGUGAUGCUGCUAUUUAUUUAUUAAAAUAUUAUUCUGAUGUGUG